AGCUCUUGAUUAUCUCCGGUCUUUGGCUCUUCAUUCUCCAACGAGCUGUUAAUUUGCUUUGAAAAUAUCGUUUGAUUACAGAUUCUUCUCCUUAUGUUUUUGGAGGGUUCAGUUUUGGAGAUGAAUCCAGGGAGUCCGUUGAGAGUGAAAUACAGAGAGCAAAGGACUGUUACUAAGAAGCUAGUGAAGCCAUCGAGCGAGUGGUUUUGCAUGGAGUCCAAAGCUAAAGCCCCUAAAAUUGUGAGGAUUUGUGUCACCGAUGAGGAUGCCACCGAUUCUUCAAGCGACGAAUGCGAAGGGGAGACAUAUCACACAGUGAAAAGGCAUGUAAACGAAAUCAGGAUCCAAGAUUGUUCCACUGUUAACUUCACCAAACCAACGAACCACCAAAUAAUUAAUAAAAGUAACCAUGUGGAUAUCAGAUCAAAGAAGCAACAACAGCAGCAAUGUUUGUCUAUGGGUGUCAAAUAUCGUGGGGUUCGACAAAGGCCAUGGGGGAGAUGGGCGGCUGAGAUCAGAGACCCCACAAGUCGAACCAGAGUCUGGCUUGGCACGUAUGACACUGCUGAAGAAGCUGCCUUGGUGUACGACCGAGCUGCGAUUCAAAUCAAAGGCCCCGACGCUGUCACAAAUUUUGCACAACCUCCCCUGAGACCCGACAUUGAUCUGGACAUCAUCCCCGGGUAUGAUUGUGGUCAAGAAUCUCAGUCCCUCUGUUCACCUACAUUUGUUCUCAGAUUCCAGACCAAUGAAGAAGCUGAACUUCAAAUCCAAUCCAAAGAUGACUAUUUCGAGCACGGGUGGAAACUUGAGGAAGAUCUCCCAGGACAACCAACCAGCUUAUCAGAUGAGUAUUUAUUAACAGAUACUACAGUGGCUUUAUGUGAUUACUUCAACUCCGGUAACCCUGAGCCAAUAUUUUUCGAUGAAAUGAGAUUAGCAGAAGAGAAUAUUUCUGUAAAAUUAGAUAUUGAUUUUGGGGCUUGUACGUGGGAAGUUGAUGAUUACUAUUAAGACAUAGUAACUCUGGGUCCGGACACAACACUUCCCCGAAAAAAUGUGAAGUAAAUAUAUUUUAAGCUGAAGUCAGGGCUCCCAUGUUCGAGGGUUGGCCUUGGCAACCUUAUCACUUGUUAGCCAUCAACUCUUUUUCUGGGAUUUAAUUAGAAACAUAGAACCAUUCUUUUUUAAGCAAUUGCCUUCCAAUCUCACGUCGCAUGUACGUUCCCCUGUUUGGUUUUCCUUGUGUCAAGGUUUUAAAGCCUCGCAAUCAAAGGAGGCAUGAAUUUGAAGUUAGUGAAGACAGCAAGGGACACGUUUUGCUCCAAUACUAAGAGGCAUUCCAUUGUUAUUUCCUCCGAUGUUGACUUGGAUCGGUAAGGACAAUCGUUUAGAGGAACCCAACUCCACUUGACAAAGGUCGGUUUCCAGUCCUCGAAAAAAAUAAAUGAGGCCUCCACCCCAGAGCUUUCGAAUGGAUUGUGGAAGAGCCCUAUGUUAAAUUUUCAGACCACAGUGUCAUCAAAUAUUAACUCUAAAAGGUUACAAUUUAGAA